UCCGGGGUAACAUGGCGGCCGGGUCCAGCGAGCGGCAGGGGACCGUCGGGGAUUUGGACAAGAAGCCCAAGGGGGAGCUGGUGGAGCUGCUGAGGCGGCAGCACAAACUCAAAGCGAAUAAGAAAUUUAUUCAGAGCAUGCCAGACAAGGGUAAACGAAUCAAUGAGUUCAUACAAAAACUUGACGCUGCCAUUGCUCGCCAUGAAGAAGUGGAACGAACAGCAGAACUGCUUUCAGCAGUUAAACUGGAGUUUCAGGUGGCGCAGGUGGAGAUGACUUUCGACAAGGAAAAGGACCUUACAAAUGAGGUUGUAACUUCAACUCUAACAGCACAACAGGUUUGGAAUGAAACUGAGAAAGAUCAGUAUGUUUUGUCAAAGAUUAAUGUUCAAAGUGGUGUUAAGAAUGAGAAUUCUGAAGUAUGCAUUGAAAAUCAAAAAUCAAAUCCUGUGAGAGGAACCGUAUUAGAAAAGGAGCAAGCAACUUUAGCAAUUCAAAGCUCUAAGGUUUCUACGAAAAGUGAGAACUCUCUUGAUUCUCAGAUGCACCACCAGAGUACUGUGGAUAUAAAGCAGGAAGGAAACAAUCAUCUCGAUCUGCAUAACGCCACUAAUGUUAUGGACGGAGAUUUUGACGAAACAACUGAGUUGCUCGCUGAUAGAUUUGGCAAAGUCUCUCUCACUGAAAAUGAGCACAGAAAAGUACCUAAGAAAAUCCACGAGGAAUCAACUUUGAUCAGCGAUGUGAAUUUCACUGACAAUCCCUUUCGGACUCUGCACCAAGUGAAGAAAAAUCCUCAUUAUGUUGAUGUACUUCAGCACAGAGCUAUGAAUCCACUGGUGAAAAAAGCACAAUUCAAAACCAACCACCUAUCUGGAUCCCCUGGUUCAUCUCCAGACCAUUCACCUGGCAGAUCAGAGCUGAAACUUUCUCCAGCAGAACGUAGAUUGAGAGACCGGAAGCACCUUGAUGAUAUCACAGCUGCUAGAUUGCCCCCACUUUACCACUCUCCUAUUCAACUACUGUCCUUUGAAGAAUCUGCAGAAUUACAAAUCUCACAAAAGCAAAAAUAUGAGUCGACACAGGCCAAGCAAGCUGCAGAGAAACUAUCACAGAGAAUGAACAUUAAAAUGGUGACAUUCGAUCUGCAACAUGAAGCUGUUGCAGCAUAUCCAGGAUUUAGAGAUCAUGGAGACAGCAGUUCCUCAGAAGAUGAUUUAAAUUGACAACUUGAAAUGGAGACUCAGGUUCUUAAAGAAGAAUGAAAAGAAGAAACAAUUCAAAACCACUUGGGCUUCACUGGGACACUAUGGCCAACCUUUAAUGUAUUUUGUAAGGUUAAGUGAGAAAGCAAUGCCUUUAUCAACCCUUGCACUUGGUUGCUUGUAGUCUGAGAUUUCUGAAGACUGUUCUCAAAUGUUUCUCAAUGCUUCAAUGUAAAAUUUACAAAGCUGGGAAUGAGCAGAGAUUGAACGAUGUGACUAUCAGAGGAGCAACAGCUACAAUUUCCAAAUUGUUGCAGUUUGGAAGAAUGUUGUAACAAAACAAAACAUUGGUUAAUGGAGCCAAGUAUAGAUGAGAGCACCCAGUGUGGUUGACCUAUUCAGGCCAAUAUUCAACACAGAUGAUGCUAAAAUUCAUGUCAAAUAAUACUUGGUGCUGUUAGCAUAGUUUUAUUACCUUCCAGUUUGCAAAAUUGAACAAUAUCAAAUUAUUUCAUGCUUAAACCGGUGUAAAAACAGAAAAUCUUUUUUUUAAAGGUGGUGUUAUUUGAGUUAUCAGUCAAUAAUCUGCAUUGGAUAUUGUAUACCAGACUAAACCAUACAGGGGAAAGUGCAUCAGGAUAUCUGGAAUGUUGAUUCACUGCAGGAUGCAAACCUUUUCUUCCUGUUUACAUGCGCCAAGAUUCCUGUGGAAAGUUUAGUGCAGAAUUAACUAUUGGAAAUAUUCCUGAUGCAAUAAUAGGACUUGGUUUUGAUAUUUAUAACAAUAUAUUAUUAUGCUUGUUUGAUGAUGCAGUGAGUGGAAUAAAAUCGAUAUCUUGUUUUGUACAUCUCACUCUGUUUAUUUUAUCGUAACUUCCAUUAAAUUUGAAGUACAAGGCAAAUUAAUACCUUUGUCAAUAAAUAUAUCAAGGCACGAGUGAAGAAGCAGAAUAAUGAUAUAAUAAACAUAUUUUAAAGUGGUAUUUGAUAAAGUGUAAAGCAUCAAAAGUAAUUGGUUGAUUAACAACUAUAUAGUAUGCAUUGGAUGUAUGUGUGAACCUCUGCAAGGUACAAAAAAUAGCACAUUUGCUUUCAUAUGUACAGUAAUAUUUAUAAACUUUAUAUCUUUGGUACAAUUCAAUAAAGGAGAGAUAUCAAUCCACACUGA